CCCAGCGUCAGCAAAGACUGCACGGCUGCGAACUCUCCACCCCGAGACAGGGCGGGUCCAGCUCGUAUAGGAUCCGCAGAGCACAGCUCUCGCGAUCGGGCCGGGAGCAGGACCCUGCAGAUAACCUCCUGCGUGGGUGCCCUGACAUUUAAAGAUUAACCAGCUGCUAUAGCAAUGGCUGGAUACCAGGGCACAAUCAAAGCAACCACCUACUUCAAUGCAGAGGAAGAUUCACAGAAACUGAGGAAGGCCAUGAAGGGACUUGGUACAGAUGAAGAUACCAUCAUUGAUAUUUUGAGCCAUAGGAGCAGUCCCCAGCGCCAGCAAAUUUUAAUCGCCUACAAAUCUACGAUUGGCAGGGAUUUGAUUGAUGACCUCAAAUCUGAGCUGAGUGGGAAUUUUGAGAAGGCGAUAGUUGGACUGAUGACCUCCACCACACUGUACGACGUGCAUGAACUGAGAAGGGCCAUGAAGGGAGCAGGAACAGAUGAAGGCUGCCUGAUAGAAAUUCUGGCUUCCCGUUCUAAUGAGGAAAUCCGGCGCAUUAAUGAUACCUACAGACGUCUAUAUGGAAAUAGCCUUGAAGAGGACAUUGCCUCAGAUACAUCUGGCAUGUUCCAGAGAGUGUUGGUGUCUCUAGCAACAGGAAACAGGGAUGAGGGACACUAUGUGGAUGAAGGCCUUGCUCGGCAAGAUGCACAGUGCCUCUAUGAAGCAGGGGAGAAGAAAUGGGGGACAGAUGAGACUCAAUUCCUGUCUAUCCUCUGUACAAGAAACAGGACUCACCUACUAAAAGUUUUUGAUGAAUACAAAAGGAUAUCCAAUAAGGAUAUUACAGAGAGCAUUAAAUCUGAGAUGUCUGGUGAUUUUGAAGAUGCCUUAUUAGCUGUGGUAAAUUGCACAAGGAAUAGAUCUGCAUACUUUGCUGAAAGAUUAUAUAAAUCUAUGAAGGGCUUGGGGACAAACGAUGACACACUCAUUCGAGUGAUGGUGUCCCGCUGUGAGAUAGACAUGGUGCCCAUCAGGAAUGAAUUCAAGAGGAUGUAUGGGAACUCUCUCUACUCCUUCAUUAAGGGAGACACUUCAGGAGACUACAGAAAAGUUCUACUCAAUCUCUGUGGUGGGGAAGACUAAGUCAUGUACAGCUGAUUAGGCUGGUGGGGAGGAAAAAUACUACAGAGCUCUUUCUUUCAAAUAGCUUUAGGUUAUUAUUAGUAGGCCAGCUGCUGCUAAUUCAGGUUGGCUUUUAUGAUAAGCUUCUAUUACUUUGAUUAUGCAGUGGCUCUCUAAUUGUGCUACUGAAGCCAGUUUUGCCCUGGACACCCUAACAACGUCACCUGCCUCAGUUAAGUCCAAUAGGUUUGGAAAGACCUAUGUGAUGUUUGGAGAAGUAAAUAUUUUCCAGAGUCUCAGACUUUUAUUUUACAGUUUGAAAUGUUGUCUGUGCAGCAGAAGGGUAGUUGGCUGCAAAACAUGACAUACAACAACUACUUUCUUGUCUGUUAGGACACUCUUACACACUAACUUAUUACCAAAGUGAGGUCUAUGUUGCCUUUCACAGGAACUGCAGGGAUAUAAUACAAGCCACCUUCUGUCCACUCAUGUAAUCACUGUAAAACUAACAAGUUUACUUGGGACAGAGCAAAGGGAGAACUUUACCAAAGUCUUAAUGGCAACUAAAGCUUGAUCUAUCUGCCUUCAUGCCAAAAGCCUUAUCUAAAAGCAAAAAUUUUAAUGCUUUAGCUGCACUACAAUAGGGAUAUAAUGUUUUAGUAUGAGGGCACUUCUGCCUCAUUGUAAGAGGAAUAAAAUACAUUAAUACAAGGUACCAUUUCACCACUAUAGCUGCAUUUCUGGUAAGGGUUAUAUUAGCAUAUUUGUAAAAAGUUAAGAACAUCAGCCACUUUUCACAGGCAAACUAGUACAUGACAGAUUGUGUAGACUAGGUCUAAGGUUACUGGAGUUUCUCACUGGGCCCUGUGAAUUAUGCACUGCUGUCUUCUUCAAAACCCUUCUAUUCAGUGUUUUAUCCACAACUUGUGUUAGAAAAACUUAAUCCAUUGGGUGUUUUUACUCUAAAAUUUUGUCUUUGUUGCUAAGAAGUGCCUUUGCAGUAGGAUAAUUAAACAGGUGUUUAUAUGGCAAACUAUCAGUGGAGGUUAGGAAUGUGUGACGCGGCUGAAAUACUGGAAACUACCUAGGCACAGCAGCAGGAAGUUCAAAAUGUGGUAGUUUUACUCUGCUUCUCAGAGGAUGCCUCUACAUGAGAUACCAGAAAUGCAGUGAACUAAUUCUACUGCGCAUUAGUGCAUCACAGUGAAAGCUGUAGAAUUAGUCUAUUGCACAUUAGCAUCACCUAGAAGAUGUGUGCCGGCACUACUGCACAGUAGCACCAAUUACAACGCAUUUAGUACCUGUUAUUACAGGUACUAAAUUUAAUGCGCUAUAAUUACAGCACAUAAAUGCACAUGUAGAUGUUCCCAGGAAGAAGACCAGUGUUGCCCUGGCUGGACUGCUGCUGGUGUCUGGUCCAACCUAUGGUACAGUACAAUCCUAGCUAAGACGUGGCAUUGUUCUUUCAGUGAGUGAAGCAAAAUGAGAUCAACCGUGAUUGACCAUAGCUGUACUGUUCUGAAGAGCUAAUCCUUAAUGCUUUUUAUUCCGAGCGGUGCAGUGAUAAUUUCCUCCCAAGAGCUGUACUUUUAGAAAACAAGAUCUACUGUCUUAGACAUGCAAGCCUUCCACUCACUGUUCUCACAGUCGGGUUCCCAUUGACUUGGUCUUGGGCCCUUUUGGUGACCUUAUUAACCACUUUCUCUCUGCUCCUCCCUCUGCAACUUUAAAAAUGGAAAUACAUUCCUUACUUUGUAGAGAAUGGGAGACAUUUGGUUUAAUGCUUCUAAAGCACUACACAAACUAGAGGAAUUUGCCCUUACAGGCAGCUCACAAAUACAUUCUGGCUUUGAUUAUUAUUAAAUGACUUGCCACACAUUAUACCCUUUUUCAGUUUAAUAAAGCAGUUAUUUCUUUA